GCAAUGUCAGCAUUACCGAGGCCAACAGUGCCCGAGCUGCAGAAUGCCAGAAGUGGCAUGGCAUCACUUCCCGAAACGCUGGCGAUACCUACGGAGCCGUAGCUCCAAGAUACCGCCAUCCCAUCUUCGAGACUGAGAAGUUCCAAACAUGCCACCGCUCGUUAUGCUGGAGCGUACAAGACGACCACACGCUCUACAUUUCUUUCUACCUAGACCUCCACUAUCCGAUUCUCGACAAAGGGUUCCAGUGCAGAACAGCUUCCUACUCGGACAUGCUCAUCUGCAUGCCCGCACCUACGAACAUAAUUGUGCGCUCCUACUUCCUUUCUUUAGACGGCCACGUGUAUUCGCAAUGGGUCUUCAAAGAUACGGUAGAAAAUGCCAACGGCGUGAUUUAUUCACCUGCUUCCACGACAUGGAAGGACUUGCCUCGGUCGCGCGACGCUUCGAAGUGCCAAGCCGCAUGCUCCUCUGCUUCGUACCGAUAUUAGCGCUUGAGUUCGCUAUUGUCGAUGCCCUCAGGAUGUGCGAUCCGGAAUGGGUGCGUUGUUCGUUGAGGCUCUUUAUUCACGUUGUCUCCACCAUAUUAAGCGGUGUGGUAGUGAAGGUGUUGAGUCUGUCCUUCAGCCGGAACAAGCUCUGUCGAGGCAUCUGGGGAGACCACGGGUUGGAAGCUAGCUGUAUACCGCUGUUUACGUUCUGGGGUUUCUAUGCGGUUGGGGCGGUGGCUUUCCAUGCGCUUCUGGUUAUUGGGGAACCGACUAUGCCGGAUGGGCGGGUGGCGACUUGGUGGUGUGCUUGGUAUGGGAGCGAGGUGGCGGAUUGUCGUGUUGAGUCGAGGUUGUGAUUUCAUACUAUUUUUAACAGGUAUUUGCAGAGCAAUUGACCGGAUCGCCGAGCUACCUCUCGAUCACUACAAGCAUGCUUUAGCUUACGACUAAGUGAAGACCGAUGGCCGGCCAUUCUCUCGGAUAAUUGAGCUGCAGCACAUGAAACAGGUUUUCGUCUCGCAUUAUAAAGCCAAAUCCAGCA